UGCAUGCCAUAUCUCUCGAUGGCUGUCACGAUUUCGUCUCCUAUCAGCUAAAAACACCCCGACCACAAUACUGAAUCGCUUCUCACAUCUGUGCGCAUCAAAACGGAUUAAAUCACCACCUAGCGCCCGUGUCCGGAUAUAGGGGAUCAGCACUCUGGACAACGACCAGCGAUUUGAGCUGAGGGGGAUAGCGUGAAUUUUGCCCAAGAACAAACUAUUGGAGCUGCUGUCAGACGCGCGACUGGUUUCUGUCCAACGCUCACCGGACCUACCACUCUGUUCCAGCGGACAUCUUGUACUCUACUCUUCUUCUCCAGUUGGUCACACCCACAUGGACACAACCUCUGCUUUUUCUGCUGAUCGCAAAGCUCAUUAAGCCCUCAAAUGAUCCUACUUUUCCUGGGUCAGGGAAACUUCAGAUUCUGAGGUUUGGUCCAGGAUGAUUCAGUUGCAUGGGAUUAGCUGACACAGAUAAACUGGACUACUUAGUCGAAAGCCUCUAACGUGUAUCUUGGAUUGCUCAGCAGAAAAAAAGCUUGGUUAAAGCAAUCACAACCAUUCAGAAAGCCAGUCGAGGUCAUGGUGUUUCAGAAGGACUUAGACCCAGUCAGUAGAUUUCACAGCUAACGGAGUUCUGUGGAGGUUAGCUUCAGAGGUGUAAUGUUCCCAUUCAUACGCCCUGUGAGAGAGCACAGCCUAAGGCGAGAGAUACAGUUAACACUGACUUUGCGUCACCCAAUUCCCUACUCUUCUAAUUUUUUGCCGUUUUUGCACAAACCCAUAAAUGGACUUUGUUUUCCGGCUUUUCAUCGGAAAGUCAGCAAUGUAAAAUAAGUCUGGGGCUCUUGAUAGUUAAGGAAGUGUAUUCUAGGGGACACGCAGUGCAAAAAAAUCAAAGACGGAAAGACAGUUGUGAGAGCCGUCAUUACCAUGGUGCUGCCACCCCCGGACAAACGGCACGUGUGCCUCACCACCAUCGUCAUCAUGACCAGCAUGGCCUUCAUGGACGCCUACCUGGUGGAGCAGAACCAGGGCCCUCGCAAGAUCGGGGUGUGCAUCAUCGUGCUGGUGGGGGACAUCUGCUUCCUCAUCGUGUUGCGCUACGUGGCCGUGUGGGUGGGCGCCGAGGUCAAGACGGCCAAGCGCGGCUACGCCAUGAUCCUCUGGUUCCUCUACAUCUUCGUGCUGGAGAUCAAGCUCUACUUCAUCUUCCAGAACUACAAGGCGGACAAAAAGAACCUGGAGACGGUGGCUCGGAAGGCGCUGACGCUCCUGUUGGCCGUCUGCGUUCCGGGCCUCUACCUCAUCCUGGUGGCCCUGGACAGCAUGGAGUACGUCAGAACCUUCCGGAAGAAGGAGGACAUGCGGGGAAGGCUCUUCUGGGUGGCCCUGGACCUGCUCGACAUCUUAGACAUCCAGGCCAAUCUGUGGGAGCCCCAGCGGACAGGGCUGCCCAUCUGGGCCGAAGGACUGAUGUUCUUCUACUGCUACAUCCUCCUCCUGAUCCUGCCCUGCGUGUCGCUCAGCGAGAUCAGCAUGCACGGCGAACACGUCUCCCCGCAGAAGAUGAUGCUCUACCCCGUCCUCAGCCUGGUCACCAUCAACGUGGUCACCAUCCUCAUCCGCAUGGUCAACAUGGUGCUGUUCCAGGACAGCCGGGUCUCCACCAUCUUUGUGGGGAAGAACGUUGUGGCCAUCGCCACCAAGGCCUGCACUUUCCUGGAGUACCAGCGGCAGGUCAAGGAGUUCCCGCAGAACGCCAUCGCCAUGGAGCUCCAGCAGAACUCUGUUACCCACAACCAGACCCUGCCCAGCUCCACCAGCCUACCACACGAACAGUCCCCAGUGAGGGAGGUCAUCGACACAUGACGAAAGCCUGCAUGUUCAGGUUGACCAGGCUGUGCUCUACUACUGUACCCAAACUGCCCUGUCCUCUACCCCUUCCACUCUGUAAAACUUCACCUCCAGGAAACCAUUUUUACCCCCCCUGCAUUAAACCCCUUCCAUUUUGACCAUUACCUUUGGGAUUGGAACUUCACUGGACUUCCAGUAUAGGAAUAAGUUUCAUCCAUAAGACAGGUGUUACCACUACCAGUACAUGAAUACUCCCUAUGACAGCUGUCACCUCUCCAGAACAGGAAUAGGACAAAGCUUUUCCCCUUGUACCUUCCUUUCAUUGACAGAACAGCAUAAAAUUCAGAACUGAAGUUUCUACUUAAAAAAUGUAAAGUGUAUUUUUAAAACGCCCUGGUCUUGAACGAAGGGUCACUCCUCACCUCAGAGACUUCACCCCAGGUCCGCAGGUGACUGAUGUAUGAACCAGUAAACAUUGUGGAUGUCUCAUUUGUAGAUUUCCUUUUUAGUUUUUGCUGUCAUUUAAAAAAGCUUUUUUUGUUGUUUACUUGAAACUUUUCUCUAUUUGUCAAUUUUAUAAUAUUUCACAAUGGCCUAUUUGUAACAUUUGCUCUGACCAAGAACUCCAUCUGUGAGCAGAACAGCAGCCAGGGUGGAGACAUCACGAUGAAGAGUAUGGUGGGUGGGUGCAUGGUAUGGGAGGGGAGAUGAUGGUAAUUGGCAGGGAGGUUGCCUGGAGAAGUGGGCGCUACCUUGUUUCUGGGGUGACACUUCGUGACCGAAAGCCUGAUGAAAAUACCAGGUUUCUGAGAAAUCUGUGGCUUGUCAGAUUAAAGUGAACCGGCACCCUAUAAUUUGUAAAUGUGUGAGAGCAUGGAUUGUGUGUGUGUAUGUGUGUGUGUGUGUGUGUGUGUGUGAGAGAGAGAGAGAGAGAAAGAGAGAGAGUGAGAGAGAGCAAAUUAGAGCAGGAGAAAGCAAAGAGAGUGCAGAAAAUAAGAUAAAAUCUUAAAUGUAAUAAUAGAUGUACCUGCUUUAUGGAGAGAAUGCCCCUGAAAGAGCUUUCAAGAGGUCUAAGGAUGUGACUGUAGAGAAUUUAAUUGAUUGCUUUAAAUGACUGACAGCAGAUCUACAAUUCAAACCUCAAAGAAGUGUUUCGGUGAUUGAAUUGUUUAUGUCAGUAUUUUUAUCAUCUUAUUAUUCUUUUAAAAUCUAUAUUUUCCCUGUUUUUUAUUUUCAGUGUAUGGGCAAAAAAAUGAGUAUGGUUCAAUAAAAAGUGAUUUUUGUGA